UCAUGCACCAUCGUCAUCCGCCCUCGGUGCUGUUUGUUUCCAGUAAUCAGCGCAGCUGUUUCUCAGAGCGAGCUAGCAGGGAUAUUAGUUCAGGUUGUUUGUAUUUUUUCGCUUAGCUGGAGGAAGUGUUUCGAAGAUGGUGUGCGGCGGGUUCACCUGUUCCAAAAACGCCCUGUGCUCCCUGAAUGUGGUUUACAUGCUGGUCGGGCUGCUGCUGAUCGGAGUCGCGGCAUGGGGGAAGGGCUACGGCCUGGUGUCCAGCAUCCACAUUAUCGGAGGGGUCAUUGCGGUGGGCGUCUUCCUGCUGCUCAUCGCUGUUGUAGGACUGAUCGGAGCCAUGCACCACCACCAAGUCAUGCUUUUCUUUUACAUGGUCAUUCUCUUCAUUGUCUUCCUCUUCCAAUUUGGAAUUUCAUGUUCCUGCUUGGCAAUGAACCGUGGGCAGCAGGAGACACUUCUGAACUCUGCGUGGGGAAUCAUGGAAAAUCAGACCAAGGUAGACUUGGAGACCCAACUCAACUGCUGUGGGCUCUUCAACACCACUGGCAAACUGCAGCAGUUUAACCAGGACUUGGGGAGCUGUCAUGCUCCAUGCACAACGGAAGGUAGAUGUGUGCCCUGUGGAACGAAGAUGCUGGAUCAUGCCACAGAGGCUCUGAAGAUCCUCGGAGGCGUCGGGCUCUUUUUCAGCUUCACUGAGAUCCUGGGAGUGUGGCUUGCUGUGCGCUACAGAAACCAGAAGGAUCCACGAGCAAACCCAAGUGCUUUCCUAUAGUCUGUCUCACAUCACGGCGCAGUAGGUGCAGUUUCAGAUACACUGGUACACACAGAAUAACGCACAUCUAGAGGCAGACACUCGGGCAUAUAAAUACAGAGCCACAACCAUCACAACACCAAAUGGACAAGCGCACGCGGCACCUGAAAAAAACACUGAGAAAAACAAAACGCACACACAUACACCAGAGACUGAGAAACUCCAACAAACUGUCCAGAAAUGCAAGCUGGAAGACCUGGAUACUUAUGUGUGAAAGGAUGAGAAGUGGUACUUGUCGGUAUCACAACCCAGCCUUGAUUUGAGUAUCAGAUUUCCCGAUUGCACCAAGAUUUCUCUGCAUGCGUUCUCUCACGCGUGCACAGACCAACAGCCUCUUUGUUGAUCUUGUUCCACAAUCCAACCCAACGACUGUGCGGUGUCCAACAGAUAAACUUGUAUGCACCUUGACUUUUCCUCUAAUGUAGUGCCACCUCUUAACGACAAAUAUACUCCUGGUAAUGUGAUGUGUAUCCAAACAUGUCCCCAGCAUGAUGAGAAAGUCAGCAAGGUGGGUGAGAAGGCACACACUGGACAUGUGGUGUAAAGUAGUUUUUGAAAGGGUUAAAAAUGUAUGUAAUUUUUUUUUCUUUCCACAAAAAAACAGGAAUUUGGAUUAGGUAGUUUAUUUUAGGAAAUGUAGUUGCUAGUCUUUGAAGUUCAAAUAUUUAUGAACUGUAACUGAGCCAACUAACUUUUAAAUGCCGACGGGCUGCAGCCUCGAUGUUGUACAUAGUCUUUGCAUACUGUAGUUCACAGAAAGUGUACUUGAUGGGUUUGCUGUGUAGUUUCCCACCUCUUGCUAUGAGGUUUGCCUGCAGUUUCAGAGUCUCUGAAAGCCUGAAUUAUCCUCACCUCUUCCUAUAUUUAACAUUUUCUUCAGUGUCGCACAGUGACGUCGCUUAGCGUAGAUUCUGGUUGUAGACAAGUGGAUUAAGGUACAUCUUGUUACCUUCUGUAUAACUGGAAGAAAUCUCAAAAACACACAACUUGAAUACGUGCUUUUUUUUUAAUUUGAAGUAAUCGAGUGAAUUUGGCCAAAUCUGUUUAUUGAAAAUCCAGUUUGGUUUUUAUAGUGUUAAUUGUGAGAAUGUGCUUUUUGUUGCCAUCCUUUUCUCUUUUUCUUAAAUAUUUUAAAACUUGUGAUUCUUUGGUGCAGUUUUUUUUCUUUUUUGUUUGCCAUCAGCUUCUUUUUUUCAUCAGUGUUAAAAUGCUUUGUAAAAUGUGCUUGUUAAAUAUUUUCAGUAUCUAUUUAAGUUUAACGAUGCACAGCCGUUUUGUUGUAGUUUUGAUAUCGCUUUGCUCGAUAUGGAACGUUUCCUGUUGAUAAAUAAUUGCUCAGCCUCUCCUUAAACUUUUUUUUAUUUUCCCCUCUUUUGAAUUGCUUUUAACUUAAAGGACUAACGAGCUGUAAUUACAUGUCUUACUUGAACCUGUCGACUUUAAUGAUUACGGAUUCCUCGCUGCUGCUUUGGAGUUCUCGUCGUAAGCAAAACAUUAUGACAGAUGUUAAGCAUUAUUAUGCCAUAUAUUACACCUCAGUUUGAAUUUGCGUGCAGUUGUUAUUCAAAUGUAAGUUGAAUUUUUGAGACUUAAUUUUUCCAAAUAAUAAAAAUCUCAAAUUGGAA